AUGGGCUCGGACGGCAACGACUGUUCCACAGAGCUUGCAAUCUAUAACCAACUUGAGCGGUAUGAGGUACUCGUGGUAUCUGCAUACACGACAGUCACGAUGACAGACACAGAUUACCCAGAUGAUGACAGGGAGGACCGCAGCCCUACUUAUGUAGCCCCCGCAUUAAAGAUGAGCAACGAGAAGCUGACGGUCGACGAAUUGGAAUGUAAGAUCUGUUACCAGAAAUUCAAUACUCAUGGCCGUAAACCCAAGAUUCUGGACUGCCUUCACCGCGUGUGCGCCAGGUGCCUAACAAAGAUACUACUCAUCGGAGGAGGCUCUCCCUCCGUCAGUUGCCCCUUUUGCCGCCAUGACACCGAGCUGCAGGAGGACGCGGUCGGCGGGCUGCCAGAUGACACCAACAUCAUGUCGAAACUUACUGAGAAGGAUAAAGCGCCUUCUAACCCGGACUGCACCGAGGUGGUCUUGACCCCAAAGAACUUGUCUUCUUCUAGUCCUUCUCACGGCUCCUCAAACUGUUUGGUUAUCACGAUAAUGGAGGUACAGAGGGAACCCGGUAGGACGCCCAGUCAGAACACCCUGUCCGACUACUACACGGAACACAGUGUGGACUCGGCUUCGGUGAGCUCGCACGGGCAGAUAGACCCCGACCUUUUCUCCAAACUUUGUAACCACGUCCCGAGGAUCCUGGUUUGGCUUCUUGGCUUUUUCUACUUUGGCUCUCUUCCUCUGGGAAUCUAUUUGCUGGUGAUCCAGAGGGUCACCCUCGGGAUCGUGUGCGUCAGCCUCGUGCCCUCUAGUUUAACCGUGUGUCUCGUGUACGGAUUCUGCCAGUGUCUCUGCCAAGGAAUGUGCGACUGCUCUUCAAGAAGUUGACAACUGCUGCUCGAUUCAAACAAUUAGCCAAGCGUUGGAUAAUUCCUUUGCCUAGUUACACAUUUCCGAAUGCCGCUUUUAAUGGGAGAUACUUCCAAAGCAUUGUAAGUAAGAGUAUUCCAGAACAAUCCAUGUAACAUGCACAUUUCCAUCCAGAUAAUACAUGUCUGUCCUAACACUGUCUUCUUACCCUACCGAAUUCUGCCGGAACGGACCCCGUCGCCUACACAGCUUUAGGCAACAUUAAAUGUGUCAACUAAGACCA